UUAUGUAGUAUGGAUCUAUGGUACAUGUGAUAUAUAUACACACUUUGGCAUAAUUUUAAAAGAUUAUUUUAUCAUAACAACAAUGUUGGCACGCCAAAUUCUUUGCAAAAAAUUAUUGCGAUAUUCCUCGUGCAGCUGCGUAUCCGUUCGACAUACGCAAAGCGCGAGUGAACAUGCGUUAGACACGAUUAACCUUGAAACGCGACUGCCGGUAUCCAUAAAGAGGCAACGACAACGGGAACCCUUCGCCAAAAAUUUAUUUCUCGGCGUAUUUGACCAUGAAUUCAUGUAUUAUCCCGAGCCACAAACCAAGGAGAGGCAUACGCGGUUCUUCGAGUGGCUCCAACCCAUCGAAAGGUAUGUUUCGGAGAAGUUGGAAGAUCCGCAAACUGCCAGGAAGGACGACAUUCUCUCCCAUCUGAGAGAUCUGGGUGUUUUUCGGGCACACGUGGAGGAACAGCAUUUCGGUCUAAGCUUAAACGAGACAGAAUUGGCCAAAUUAGUGGAGGUACUCAGCUGUUUGCCCUGGUUGGGUUCCUACAUCAUCCAAAAUCACAUUGUACCUGUGCAUAUCAUCUCUACAAUGGCCUCGGAGGAACAGAAAGCAAAGUAUUUACCGAGAAUAGCGACCGGUGAAAUCGUUCCCACGGUCUGCUAUACCGAAUCCGAGGGUGGAAUUAAUAUACGUAAUAUUAAUACUAAAUCAGAAAUGUCAGAUUGUGACACACAUUACAUAUUGAAUGGUGAGAAGUCGUUUGUAGUCAACGGACAUGAUUCGAAUCUAUUUCUUGUCUUCUCUCAUUUUGGCCAUUCUCAAGCAAUCAGCAGUGGACACGGUGUCUUGUCUGUGUUUUUAGUAGAACGAGAUACGAAUGGUAUUGUCUGUAAGGACAUCAAGAACCUAGUGGGGCUUCACAAUAGUCCUGUCUGUACAGUCACUUUUAACAAUACCAAAAUUCCAAAGGACAAUUUGUUAGGUGACAUAAAAUCUGGAAGGAAUAUAUUGAUAGAUUCACUUGCACCUGGAAACAGAAACAUUGCUCCACAAGCAGUUGGUAUGCUGAGAACUUUCAUCAAAUUAUUAACGAAACAUGUACUAGAGAGGAAACAUCUGGAUCAAAAUCUGCACGAAUAUGAAUCUGUUCAAGAAGUGAUAGGUAGAUUGUCAAGCUCCUUAUAUAGCAUGGAAAGUAUGUUGUAUUAUACCACUGGCAUCAUCGAUAUGUAUGAAAAUCAAGAUUGCACACUCGAAAAAGCUAUGGUAGAGAUGUAUUGUGCAAACAAAUGUGUAACGAGUAUUUAUGAGGGACUACAAAUUAUUGGAGUGCAGAGUUAUUUGAGGGAGAAGCCUUAUAUACAGAUCUUUGAGGAUGUAUUAUCUUAUACGCUGUUCGAUUCUUACAAUAUCGAUUCUAACAUAUAUAUCUCUCUACUUGGUCUGCAACAUGUAGGUAAAAAUUUACGCCAACAUAUAAUUAAGAUACGAAAUCCGUUUAAUUAUCCUAAGCACAUGUUCAACUGGGUCUUCGGUAAAGAUUAUCGAUUAAACCUUCACAUCGCCGACCACCUGCAUCCAUCUUUGGUAAGCGGCGGUGAAAUACUAGAAAAAUGUAUCGGCAGGUUACAGACCGUCGCGGUUUUGAUGUUACAACGUCACGGUACUGAAAUAUCCGAUCGGCAAAUGGAAUUGCGUAGAAUAAGCGAAUUAGCAAUGAAAACGUUCGCGCUAGUAACUGUCCUCUCACGCACUUCUAGGGCGUAUUGCAUAGGUGUAAGAAAUGCCGAUUUAGAUCGACAACUGGCUAACAUCUUUGCGAUUCUCACGGAAAAUAGAGUUAAAGCUAUUGCGGACGAAAUUCUAUUAGGAGAGUUUACGAACGGUGAUAAAUUGCACAAAAAUGUUGCCGAACUGAUAUAUGGUAAGAAAGAUUAUUUUGCCGAACAUCCGUUAAACAGAACUUACUAAACAUUCGUCUUGUUUCGGAUUUAAUUCGUUUUAGAAUGCAAGUUAUAUAUAUAUGUGUAUGUAUAAUAAAAGAAAUAAAAAGAAUCCCAAAAAUGCGAGCAAUGUAUUUAAGUUAUAAAUAAUCAAUGCUCGUAGAAUGUAUAAUAUAGAUGCAUCUGUAAAUUACUUUCAACCAAACUAUUUGUUUCUUCUAUAUUAUAAAAUGAAAUUACAUUUUGUAAUUAUAUAUAGUGUAUCUGAUUUGUUCCAAAAAUAAAAAAAAACAUACACAUUGUGUUAUGUUAUCCACCAAAA